AUGUCGUCCGUCUUCUCGUCGCCUCGCAGCGCCGUACCACGCGGCGGUCGCGCCCGUCUUUUCCCGCCCCGUGCCAUGCCCGGCGCGUACAACUCAUUAAUGCACACCCGCAGCAAGCACGAGCCAGGCGUGCCGUACUUCCACGCACCGUCGUCGGCACUGCGCAUGGCGCCGUCGUCGUCAUCGCCCUCGGCCUAUGGGCUGACGACGACCCCGACCCCUCAAGCCACCAUUUCCACCAAUCCCAGUAGCGCCUCGAUCCUCACGCCGUCCAACAGCAGCCAUGGCAGCAAUAGUAGUGGUGCCAAACGGUCGCGAGAAGAUCUGAAUCAGAAGGAGAAGCAGCGGAUGCUUAAGUUGAAUGACCGCAUCAGUCAACUCAAGAAGCUGCUGGACGAUGCCGGAGUGCAGACAAAGAAGAACAAACAGUCGAUUCUCGAUAACACGUCGCAGUACAUUGAGACGCUGCGUGGCGACCUCGCAAUUGCGCAGCAAAAGGCCGACCAGGCGGAGAAACAGACGGAGACGUUGCGGCAGACGCAGAAAAGGGGCAAGACCGAUCACGUGAUCUCGGACACGUUCCAGAAGACCACGACGCCGCGCGUGGUGCUUGAUAUGGACAUGAAGACGGUCGUGUUCAACACGGCGUUCGUGAACUUUACGGGGCUGUCGGAACUCGCACUGAAGCGGAAAAAGACGCUCCGACCGUUCUUGUGUACGGAUACGGCCACGUUUGAGCGUAUGAUGAAGAACGUACGGGAGACGAGGCAGUCGACAAGUGCUGUGGUGAGGACUGCUGUUGGUUCGCACGUGGUGCUGGUCGCUGCUGUCGUGACGGACGACGACGGGAACGUUCCGAACGUAGAGUUUUGUUUAAUUCCGAUUGAAAUGGAAGAGUAG